UUCCUGGCUGAGCUCGCUAAAUAAACCAGCUCUCUCAGCUGAACCGUCGCGAAGAAGAAGCAACUGCAAGCGCUCAGCUCAGCUCUGCUCGAUACGAGUUGGUACAUGGUGCUCGCGGGAAUGCUCUCUCGGCCAACGCGGCUCUGACUAGUUUCCUUCGACGUAUCAAUCAUCAUGUCAAAAUGAGAAUUUGAGGUGACUUGAAAUUUUGUUGGAAGAGCUAUCUUUCACAGAGUAUUUGAUUCGCAAAGAGAUCGAUAGGUUGCGCCUCAGGCUCGAAGUCAUAGGCUCUCUGUCGUAGUUAUUCACUUUCUGAUUUUCAGGGCGAAUAUGUCUGCCUCCAUCGUGGGCACGCCGCAGCGGCCGGCAACAACGAUGCCCAGGAGUGGAUCUUUCAGUGUUGCUGCUGGUCAAACUGACCCUGUCAGGAGGGACACCGCCCGACGAAGAGGAUUUGAGCGAAGCUCCUCCUUUAUAGAUGAGAAAUGCUCCUCAGUGGAUCAGACGUCCAACGGAAAAUCAAGUAUUCCGCUCGUCGGAUUGCAGAGUGUCAGUCCACUGCAGAGAUUUGGAAUAGCCAAGGAGAGGAUUACCAAUCUAUUUGAGAAUGUGCGUGGAAUGCUGGAUGAAAGUGUGAACAGGCUACUGACGCAUGCAGAUGAUGACGUAUUACGUACACAUAGUGAGCUGAACAAGCUGAUGGAAGAGGCAAAGCGUGUGAUCGAUGCCGAUCAAGAGCGCAUGGCCAACAUCUCGGAGAAGGUGCGCACUAAUUCCAUGAAAGUGGCUUUCUUUGGGCGAACCAGCAAUGGAAAGAGCUCUGUGAUCAACGCUAUGUUACGCGACCGCAUCCUGCCGUCUGGCAUUGGGCACACCACCAGUUGUUUCCUGUGUGUGCAAGGUACGCCAGAGGCAUCUGCCUUUCUUGUCACCCCGGGUUCAACGGAGCGCAAGAGUAUAAAGACUGUACAGCAGUUGGCUCACUCUCUGCAUGACGACAAGCUGGAGAGCAAGGCACAGGUGCAGAUGUUCUGGCCGCGUGAAAAGUGUUCUUUGCUGAAAAAUGACGUCGUCUUGCUUGACAGUCCUGGUAUUGACAUCAAUCCUGAUCUGGACUCAUGGAUCAAUGCCCACUGCACGGAUGCUGAUGUGUUUGUCCUCGUGGCCAAUGCAGAGUCUACACUCAUGCUGACUGAGAAGAAGUUCUUCCACAAGGUGGCGCAGAUGUCUUCCAAGCCGAAUAUUUUCAUUCUGAACAAUCGUUGGGACGCAUCAGCAUCAGAACCGGAGUUCAUGGACGAGGUGCGAAGUCAACAUCUCAGCCGCAACUUGGACUUCCUGGCUGAUGAACUGAAUGUUGUAUCACGUGAAGAGGGGAUGGAUAGAGUGUUCUUCGUUUCAGCCAAGGAGGCUCUCUACCUGCGCAUGAAGGAGCGAAAUCCCAACACUGGAGUUGUCGCUCUUGCCGAUGGCUAUCGUGCUCGAUUGCAGGAAUUUGAGGCAUUUGAGCGGGUAUUCGAGGAAACUAUCUCCAGCCACGCAAUCAAAACAAAGUUCGGCGCUCCUGCAAACACCGGUCUACAAGUCACAAAGCGCUUACACCAGACCCUGGAGUCACUGCGUACACAGAUUGAAGAUGUCCGCCGCCAAUGUCAGCAACAGCUUGUUGAAUGUCAACUCGGCAUUGCCACCCUUCAGCGCGAGACCAGCGUGUGCUCUGCCGAGUGGGGCAAGCAGGUGGACGACAUGAAAGUCAGAGCGCUGCAACAGGUUAGCAGUGCGAUUUCCCAGGAGAUCGUUCACCUCUGCAAUACUGUACAGGAGUACCACACCGUUGCCGUGUUCAACGAGGAGGACCUUGAUGCCUAUCGUCAGGAAUUGUGCGAGCACAUCACACGCAGUAUGGGCGAGCACAUGAUGAAGAACUCGACACAGCUGCUGUCAGAUGAGUGCUCCACCGUGCAGCAGUCCAUGCUGGAGAGGUUCCAGCAAGCCGUGCCACCGUCUGUGACUACGUCCACGGCUAACCUCUUCAUCAGGCCUGCAUUUCAUGUGAGCCAUGAAGUUGACAUCGGUGAGAUUUGCACCAACUUUCGUCCAGACCUGAAGUUCCGCUUUGGGCGGCAGUGGUGCGCUCUGCUAAACUGGAUUCGUGGAGGUGCCAUUGCAAGGCUGUCUACUUCAUCCGACUCCAGAAACACAUCACCUAGUAGUACCAUCGAGAGUAGAGCCAGGGACAGUGCCGUACCGUCAGCGCGUCGCAGCAGCAGCAGCAGUGUUAUGUCCGUGCUGUCAUCAUCAUCGCCGACUGCUGCUGCAGCAGCAACAGCAGCUAGCUUGGAGAUGUGUGGACUGCCAGCUGGUGUCAACGUACAGCGCCUAGUAGAGGUGGCUACAAUCGUGUCCUCGCAAGCACCGUGGCUGAUGGUCGGUGCCGGUGUUCUGUUGUAUCGGCUGGUUGGCUGGCAAGUCCUGGCAGCGGGUACAGUAGUAGGAGGUGGCUUGUACGGCUAUGAGCGACUAUGUUGGACUACACGUGCCAAGGAGCGUGCAUUCAAGGAACAGAUGGUGGAUUUCGCCACUGGUAAGCUAAAGGAUAUUGUGGCCGUGAUCAGCGCUAACAGUGGCAGUCAAGUACAACAGCAAUUAAGCAAUUGCAAGGACCAGCUGUGUGCCGAGCUCUCAGUGGUAGAAGAUAACCUGAGACAACGCAAAGGUCUGGUGGAGAAACAAAUCCACCAGCUGCAACGAGUAGAAUCAGAUGCGAGAAGCCUUGUGAACACUGCCCAGUUUGCAGAGAGUGGCUUCCGACAGUUCCUGACAGAGCUUGAGCUGACAGUGGUCAGUCCAACUUCGCCACUGGAGGAUUCUGUCUCUAUCUCUGAGUUAGUCAAUGGUCAUUGAAACGUCAGCUACUAGGUAGCGCACACAUAUGUGUGUUCACUUUGUUUCCGUCGUGUAACCAACUGGUAUGGAUCCUGAAACCCUCAAGGGAAAUGCUUGUAUGGCUCCCAAGCUUCUGCUGUGUGUGAGUGUGUGUGUGUGUCUGAGGUGAGGUGUGUGCGUGUGUGUGUGUGUGUGUGUGUGUGUGUGUGUGUGUGUGUGUGUGUGUGUGUGUGUGUGUGUGUGUGUGUGUGUGAUUCACAACUCACCAUCAUUCCAGCCACCAAAGGAUUCGUCAACGUUUGCUCCAUACCAGCCGUGUAAGAUAUCUCUGAAGACUUGUGCCACAUUCAGAGUGAGAACACUUGGCUAUAUGUUAUUAUAAUUAUGCUAGUUCUGACUCGUGGUCAUUUGUUUUAUCCCCGCCCGACGUGCUGGUGUGCGCAAGUUCUUGCGUACUCGCUGACACAGCCCAUGACUCUGAGUAACUGACUGUAGUCAGACUCAAGAGACAUGUGUGGCGUGCUGACCUUGUCAGUGCACAGCAUAUCAGUUAUCCAUCCACCUAUAGUAGCGUGUCGCUGCCACUCAACGUCGAACAGUGCUGCCUUCUCCACUGCGUGCAUUGAUUCUCUUCGUUUACGCUGAUAAAUUUCUUUAGUUCAUGGCUUUCCAGACCAGCAUGCUAUUGCUAAGAUAAUCCUUACCUGUGGUUCGUGGAUGCCCGCAACAAACUAUUGUCGUGAUCCCGCCUGGUGGUCGCUUUGACUACUGCUGGCGAUUUCGCUGGAGCGCCUCUGGACAAUAACCAACCUUUCUCUCGGCUUCCCUCAGCUUUCUUCAAACUUUGCCACAGGCUCACUAUUUCUUUAACAGCUCCAACCCUAUUGACAAAAUCUUCCGGUCUAAUUAUUUUUUCACAACGUUCUCCAGUUAUUUUAGCUGUAGACGAUCCACACUCGUCCACACUCAUUCGCAGUGGAUCAUCCACACCCGUUCCUUCUAAUCAGCUGUGAUAUUUUUUCUUUGUCUUGCUGGGUUUUUAUCAUACACAUUGUGUCAUACUGCAUGCAGCAAUGGCAGUGGUAGUGGUCAGUGACCACUGGUCACAGUACAGUCAAAUACUAUGCUGUACAGUUUA